UUUGAAUUUCGAAACGCGUCCCGUCCAAUGCGCUGCGUUGUUAUCCACUCACACACUAUUGGUUGGUCGUGGCUUGUACCAAGCGCGUUAAAAUCACGCAAAAUCGAUACGUCUGCGGCGCGUUUGUGUUGGAACGAAGCGAUCGCGAGUCCCGUUUUAGGUUCAGUGGUAGAAGGACGGUCGAAAUACGUCGUCUCUUUUGUGCUAUUCGUUCGGCCAUUGUGAAUCGAAAGGCGUCUUUGGCUGCCCGUGUGGACAAGUUCCGAUGUGAUUCUCGAGUUUUUUUGACGUUCGCGUACACGACAACGUUAUGAUGCAACAACAAUGUCACCAAGAUCAGAUCGGGAAUCAACAGGGGAUGGCCCAGCAGAUGGUUUUAUGCCCGGUACAAGUUGUUUAUGAAACUCAAAUCCUUGUGAAACCCGGGGAUCAAAUACAACCAAACCAAACAAUCUACUUGAACCAACAUAACCCACCGCCAUGGAUCAAAAACGCCCAACACACCCAAGUUAUGUACGUCCAGCACAUGCCGUCCAACAUGGUGCCCAAUAUCCAACAAAGCAUGGACCAAAGCCUUUACAUCCAAAACUGCCAGAUGCCGCAACAGGCCUACCAAAUACAACAACAAAUGUUGGCCCAGAACCCCCAAGAGACGAGGCCAAUACAAAUACAAAAUGUCCAAGCUAACAUGCUACAGGGCUUCCCCAACAUCAGUGCCAAUAUCCAACACGACCAACAGAUACAGAUGACGAAUUACAAUCAAAUACCCAACCAUGUUCCUAACAGACAGAUCAUGUCAAACAACCAGCCAAUCAAUCAUCAAACUAACUCACCCCAGACAUUGGAAAUGCAACGACCCGUGUAUAUGAAUGUAAGGACAUCGAUUCCCCAGCACAGCAUACGCCAACAAAUUUUGAUUCCUCAAAACACUCCAAACAGCCAACAUAUAGGUCAAACAUACAUACAAACUCAUGUGCCACAACGACAAAUACAGCUAAAUAAUGUACAGCGGACGGUGACGCCAACAUCGGCCAAUAUAACGCAAAGCCCGAGACCAACACCAAACACAACGCAAAACCCCCCAACUAACGUCCUAACCAAUAUCAAUCCAGUCAUUUCAAAUGUCCGAAACGGAAAUUUCACGUUCAGACCAAUCCAACCGAGGACGCCAUAUAGACACAACUUACCCAACAUCGGCGCUCUGACACAACCGACAAACCACUUGCCAAACACGCGACCAAAUAUCAGCGGGACAUCAAGUGUCACAGCCCACAUUGUACCGGUCACUAAAACAUUGACUGCAACUACGGGUACGCAAAUAAACAGAAAAAGAAAAGCUGAAUCUCCAGACGAUAUACCCAAGAAAACUGCCUUAAAUCCGGCAACGAUAAACGAAAAUCCAACAAAACAGAGCAGCAUUACCGCAAAAGCGAUUUCCCACCCCAACAACGUUAGUAUCCCGAGUAAAAACGUAACAAAUCCAAACGCAGUACUUAAUAAAAACACUCCAAUAGCUAAGCCAAAUGACAAUGCGCCCCAAGAUACCAGACUCCAAACACCAGACGCCAAUACAGCGUCAGCUAAUCAAACGGAAAACGAUAAACUAAUCCGAAACACAGUCUUCACGCAAGCGAGAGGCAGACUUUUGAACGAUAAAGAGCCUCCGCAAGUCAUCGAGAAAGAAUCUAGACCUGACAAUUUAGAGGAGAUUCCACGGAACCCGGCUCCGAUAAAAGAAGAGGAUCCACCUAAGAACAACUUCAAAAUACCGGCAACACCCGAAGCUAAGAAGAAAAGGAACAAGCCACCAGUGGUCAUUGCGAACAGCGAUAAGAACUCUGAAGCAUCUGACGAAAUCAAAAAAGUUGAAGUCAAAACAGAGGAAGGCGAUAUCAACGCGCAAUUCAGGAUAAAACGGGAGAAAUACCAGGACUUUCAGCUGGAUAAAGACGUGAAAGCUCUCGUCAGGGACAAGAUCGAGAUGAAACGUGAAUUGGAAAGUGGACAACGGAUACUGACCCACGUCUUAGAUGGCUACGUAAUACAAGAGUCCAAUAUGGCAUUCCCGAUCAGGAAACCGUUAAAGGAGAGAAAGGUCUACCCUUGCACGAUAGCUCCUAAUGGCCUAGUCGAUAACAUCGCGAUAAUCAAGAGCGAACCAGUUCAUCAUGUACCCGGAGACAUUCCGCUGCUGCCGUACUACCACAUGCACGUGAACAGGAAACCAGAAACCCCCGAAGACUGUGAAAACGAAAAGGAUUUAGAAACGAAAAAAGAUAACCCAUUCGAGGCCCUCCAACAGACCACAGUGAAAUCGUGGACGGUACACCAACUAUCGGAGCAUUUAUCGAAACACAAAUGGGACGAUACUAUAUCGAUAUUACAGGAGCAUGAAAUGGAUGGCGAAUCUUUAUUCCUCGCCUCAAAGACUCAAUUGACCCAAAUCGGUAUCAGAGAAGAGCACGCCGAUUUCAUAUGUGAUUUCAUAAAAAGUUAGGGUAGUCGCAAGUGACUUGUUCGGUCGUGGAACAGUCUUGCUUGUCUAUGGCGCUAGAGAGACGGAAUGGACGGGGAAUCUUUAUUCCUCGCCUCAAAGACUCAGCUAACGCAAAUCGGUAUCAGAGAAGAGCACGCCGAUUUCAUAUAUGAUUUCAACAAAAUUUAGGGUAGUUGCAAGUGACUUGUCCGGUCGUGGCACAGUCUUGCUUGUCUAUGGCACUAGACAGACGGAAUGGACGGAGAAUCUUUAUUCGUCGCCUCCAAGACUCAGCUAACGCAAAUCGGUAUCAGAGAAGAGCACGCCGAUUUCAUAUAUUAUUUCAACAAAAGCUAGGGUAGUCGCAAGUGACUUGUCCGGUCGUGGCACAGUCUUGCUUGUCUAUGGCACUAGACAGACGGAAUGGACGGAGAAUCUUUAUUCCUCGCCUCAAAGACUCAGCUAACGCAAAUCGGUAUCAGAGAAGAGCACGCCGAUUUCAUAUAUAAUUUCAACAAAAGUUAGGGUAGUCGCAAGUGAAUUGUCCGGUUGUGGCACAGUCUUGCUUGUCUAUGGCGCUAGACAGGGAUGGCGGCGGUAAUGUUGCAAUAGCUAUGGACUUAACAAUUAGCAGCAGAAAGCCGAGAGCCUAAAGCAGAAAGGUUGCUAUAAAAAAAAUUGGUGGUCUGGAUAACGUCAGUAGCAGAACUAUUCGGACUGCUAGCUCUGACGUCACGCGAGAAGAUAAACGUGUCACAAGCCAACGCUCGGGCCGAUCGUGCCUCUCUAUCGUUUUUUCUGCGCUCUCGCUUGCACGCUCAGGUGGAACGUGACACUUUUACGUGCGUGCAGCUGAUGUUCAUUGAUUUAUAAGACAUAAUCACGUCAAAAAAUCUAACAACACCGUUGAUUUAUUAUUAUUUGUAACACGCAUUCUCAAUCUAGACUUAUCCCCAUUACACAUAUGUGUUAACAACAACACAAAACAAAAUCCCAAGUUGGCAUUGAAUUUUGGUCAUAAAAAAAAAAAACUACCUUACACUUAGAGUUCUGUAAAUUUACUAUGGCACGUUUCCAAAAAUGAAGGUAGUUCAUAGCUAGUCCUUCCUGAUAUGCUAGCGUUUAAUAUCAUGUAUGAAAAAAAAAAAAAACGAAACACGCAAUGGAAAUCAUUCUUCGUGGCUCGAGCAGGUUUUCGAUACAUUGCGUGCUAACGAAAAACAAGUUCACCACAAGUAACCGACUAUUGGUUUAUUUCCUACUACAUUACUAUACUAUACUACUAUAUUACUUCGCUAAAACUAAUACCAGAAAAAUAUAAGAAUCUAGACGACAUAUUACAACAAGUUUUCUCUAUUACGCGCCAAAUUUUACACCACAGACUUAUUAAGCGUAAGCGAAUGGCAUUAUAAAAUAUUCAAAUAUUACGUAACUUUUUUUUUCAUCCUACCUAUGCUGGAUAGCCUUGAGAGGCUAUUUCAGCUUCGCCCUAACGAGUAAGCUCACGGGGCUCAAACCGUAGUGUUGAUAAUACUGGCCCUAGCAAGAGCCGUGCUUCGCAGAAUCUACCACCGGAUCGGAAACGCGACCCACUGAGAAGAUCCGGCGAGAAAACUCAGUGGGCUGUGUCUGUGGGUUAAUUCACUCGUCGAGCCCUUCGUCUCAAGCGACGGGUUCGACGAGAACGAUGACCGGUGCUUGAGAUACCUAAAAGCUCCAUUAGUGGAAUACAUAACGAAUUUAGUGUGCUUCUUAUUAGUGAAUUGUGGUCUCAAAGAGAUGUUUCUAUUUUCGAUUAGUCAAAUUGUAAAUAAUGUAUAUACAAAUAUAUGUAUAAAGCCUAAUAUUAGAUAUAGCGUGUCUUAAAUAUGUGAUGAUGUAUUUAUAAAUAUUUUUUAACGAUGGGUAUUAUUAAAUAAAUGCAAUAAUUAAUU